AUGGACUGGCUCCCACCGAGCAACAUCCGUGGGAUAAGGUUCUGCCUUGAGACUCCGAACCGCGAGGCACCUGGUCCGCAGGCCUGGCACUACCUGAAAGUAGGCACCGGCGAUCGUUGCACGACCGAUACCAUCGACUUCCUUCUCAACUCAAAGGAAGCAUGGAAGAUUCAGCCAGAUGCAAUCCUGCUCCUGAGGGACGAUGCGUCAUACCUGGAUCAGCAUGAACAGAUUCGGGCACCCGUUAUCUCCCGAGAAGAACUACAAGCUCCUAAGCUGGAUGACGAUGUUGCAGAAGAGGGCCACUUGGGCCGAACAGUUUGA